AAAGAUUGAGUUAAGCGAAAACAAAAUCGAAAAAAGGCGCAUUACGCAAACCAAACAAAAAAAUGACACAAUUUGACCUCUAAUCCGAUACCUUGUAACGGUGGAUCCGACGGGUACAUGCAACCCGUUUUUCUCACCGGGUCUUGGUCAAAGUGGGUCGACCCGGGUUAACAACCUUGGCAAUGUAAACAACUAAACAUAAAGAUUUGUUGCCACUAUGCACUGAAGCAAUAUUUUACUAUUUUAGUGCUGAGUACGUACAAAAUCAAAAGUUAGUGUACAAUUUGAUAGCGAACCUAAAAAUUUGGUGAUCAUUUGUACUAAAUAAAGAUUUGUUGACUGUUUCUGUAAGCUUUCCGUUCUUCAACCAAAGUCGGGUGCUGGGGAGCGAAAAUUGCCGGCGACUAUUACCCAUCGACAGCCGCCCGCAUCCCCGACGCCGCCAUUAGCGAUUACAUAAGUCUAUCUUGAAACUUAUAGAUUACAUCAACCAAAUGGAAAUCUGCCGCCCGCUCGAGAAAUCGCAGUCGGAGCUUCAAUCGCCGUUGAAUUCCUUUCCUUCCUUCCCUACGUCGACUCAAACAUCUGUUCCGCUCCACUCGUCCACGUCCAGGGGCCUGGCAUUGCUCACCACCAUGGAAAUGGAAUUACUCCUGCUACGAGCACUUGAGCCGACACUUGGGAUUGUGACGAAACCGCAUUGUCGGAAUGGAGGGCGAUCGAUUCACAUUCCCGACGGAGCCCUCCUACAGCGAUUGCCCCCGCACUUCCAUGGUUCCAAAAGGCUACGUCUGGAUUCAGGGGCACAAUGCAUAUGCUUCUGCUGCUGAUUCCAGAUUUCUUGGUGCUUUCCCUAUGGUUUGUUUGAUUCAGUGGGGAAUAUUUCCAAUGGUGACCAUUCUCUUCCCCUCUUAUACAAUCUUCUCACUUGAUUUCUACUUCUGGAACAAAACUUACUGCUUGGAACUGAGUGUGUGAUUGAACUUAGAGGAAUCCAAUUCAUAUGGCUAAUUAGGUGCAAAUGGCUUUAGCCGUGAGAUGAUGUAUCAAAUGGUUUUAUGGUUUCUACCAAAAAAAUUGUUUUAUGGUAGGCUUUAUUCUGGAAUUCUUUAUUUCUAUCUCACAAUACUUAAUUGUACAUCUCCCAAGGUCAGUGUGCAAUCCCGAAGGUAAUCGUCCAUUUUCCACCGUCACCGUGGAAGUCUCCGUAAUAAUCUUCUACUUCUGAUUAAGACUGCUUUUUUUCUUUUGUUUCGACAACGUAGGACCGUGGACUUUAUUAGCAGUGAUAAACGUGGUCUGAUAUUUAAAUGCAGAUGCAGGAUUGCAAUGUGUAACCACUCGAACCUACAUACUAAUGAGGAACAAGCAAAGAGAAAAAUAAAUUAAAAAGACAUGCAACCUGAACCAGGUAGGAAGAGCAGGCAGCAGGUCAGUGGGAAAAGAGAACAUUAUGGCCAAUUAUAAUUUUGAUGAAGGAAAAUAGUUGGUCUGGUAGGAAGAAUGAAUAAUAUUGUAUUGA